CAGUCAGGAAAGCUAUCCCGCCCGAUAUGCCGCUGUUCCUUCGCAUAUCCUCCACAGAUACUAUGGAAGACACUGAGCUGGACAAGACACUGGGAUCUUGGGAUGUCGAGUCAACAAUCAGGGUUGCCAGGGAGCUUCCUGCUCUAGGGGUCGAUUUGCUGGAUAUCAGCAGCGAUGGUAAUAACCCAGGCCAGCUUUUCGAUGGCGUUAACGUCAUAGAUUUCUAUGUGAAUAUUGCUGGCAGGAUCAGAGAUACUAUCCACGUUGAGGGCCUGGAGCUGCUGAUCGGUGCUGUUUGCAUGAUAUCACGACAGCAGAUCAGGCCCAGAAAAUCGUGCAACAGCCCGAGAAGGGCUCAAAUGCGGAAGGUCUGGUAA